AUGCCGCCGUGGGGCGCCGCCCUCGCCCUGCUCCUGGCCGCGCUCGCACUGCUUGGCCUGCUGGCCCCGCGGCUGCGGCGCGCCGUCGGAGCGAGGACCCUGCCGGGAGCCCGCGGCCAGGACCACGAGGAGGAGGCGGACGGCCGAGGGGCCGCGGCCCCGUUCAGCGACGGACGGGAGCCGCUGCCCGGCGGGUGCAGGCUCCUCUGUAAACCGUCGGCGCUGGCCCAGUGCCUGCUGAGCGCCUUGAGACGCUCGACUGCGCUGGAGCCGCGCCCGCGCUCCUGGCUCUCUGGGCCCCACCUGCAGACCCUCUGCCACUUCGUGCUGCCGGUAGGGCCGGGGCCUGAGCUGGCCAGGGAGUACCUGCAGUUAGCGGACGACGGGCUGGUGGCCCUGGACUGGGUCGUGGGACCUUGUCCCCGGGGCCGGCGGGUCACCAACGCCGGCGGCCUCCCCGCGGUGCUGCUGGUGAUCCCCAAUGCAUGGGGGCGCCUCACUCGCAACGUGCUCGGCCUCUGCCUGCUCGCCCUGGAGCGCGGCUACUACCCGGUCAUCUUCCACCGCCGCGGCCACCACGGCUGCCCGCUGGUCAGCCCCCGGCUGCAGCCUUUCGGGGACCCGUCCGACCUCAAGGAGGCGGUCACUUACAUCCGCUUCCGACACCCGGCGGCCCCUCUGUUCGCGGUGAGCGAGGGCUCGGGCUCGGCGCUUCUGCUAUCCUACCUGGGUGAGUGCGGCUCCUCCAGCUAUGUGACCGGAGCCGCCUGCAUCUCGCCCGUGCUGCGCUGCCGCGAGUGGUUUGAGGCCGGCCUGCCCUGGCCCUACGAGCGGGGCUUUCUGCUCCACCAGAAGGUGGCCCUCAGCAGGUACGCCUCGGCCCUGCAGGACACCGUGGACACCCACAGACUGUUCAGGAGCCGCUCCCUGCGCGAGUUUGAGGAGACCCUCUUCUGCCACACCAAGAGUUUCCCCAUCAGCUGGGACACUUACUGGGACCACAACGACCCCCUCCGGGACGUGGAUGAAGCCGCUGUGCCUGUGCUGUGUAUCUCCAGCGCCGACGACCCUGUGUGCGGGCCCCCAGACCACUUUCUGCCCACGGAACUGUUUCACAACAACCCCUACUUCUUCCUCCUGCUCAGUCACCACGGAGGCCACUGCGGCUUCCUGCGCCAGGAGCCCUUGCCAGCCUGGAGCCAUGAGGUCAUCUUGGAGUACUUCCGGGCCUUGACUGAGUUCUUCCGAACGGAAGAGAGGAUGAAAGGGCUGAGCAGGCACCGGGCUUCGUUCCUGGGGGGCCGGCGUCGCUGGGGAACCCUGCAGAAAAGGGAGGCCUCUCCCUCUUCCAAUCUGGACGAGAUCUUUAGCUGGAAGCGAUCGUAUACGAGGUGAGACCUGUCCCAAGAACAGAGCUGGGCAUGCCAGAGUCCUGAAACGGCCGUGAGGACGGAAGGGGGCCUGCAGCUGGAGGCCUUUGCCGCUGAUUCGGCCCCCUCUCUCCUAGACUGGUCUGUGGAAAGAGAUGGAACUUCCAGCAAGCUGGUGCUCACUUUACCCUGAGAACACUCCUGCCCCAGGCUUUGCUCAACACAUUCCAGCUCUUCCUGGUCCGCAGCUGGGCUGUCACUGUCACGCUGUCCAGUCACCAACCCCCUAAGCCAAAGAAUAGCACCCUUUGAGUCUAUGGACUCGAGAAAAUGCUCUGUCCCUAGCGAGGACCCUAGAGAAAAUGGGUGUAUGUGCGUCAUCGGGAAGCUCUGUCCCACAUAAAUAAUCAGCCCUCCGACCCUGAUUCUCAAGCUGGAGCCACUCAGUGUCGGGAGGACAGGAUGUUUGUGUCUCAGUCCCACUUCCCUCAUUCGGUUCUGUGGUUGUGGCACUCUGCUGACUUCAUGCUGCGGCCGCCGUGGAAGCAGCCUCCUAGAGCCACGGGGCUGCAUCAGUCUUGCGUGAGUGUGCGAAAGGCGGCCAAGGCAGUAAGUGCGGUGCCGAGGCUGGGCUGGUGAGGACCUCAAGGUACAGAGUGUGUCCGUCGUCUGCAAGCCUGAGGUCCGGUCUUCCAGACCAGUCCUGCGGAUCUUGGUUGGGCUGAUCUGGGGCUUCAGGCUAGGGUUUCAAGCCUAGGGAGAUCUUCAGGAUGAUUUUAGGAAGAGGGAGUCCUCGCACACAGGGUCCGCCAGCCUCUGGGGCACUCUGGCUGCUCCCUCCAGUACCGUUCCUGGAGAUUACUCCAGAAAGUCCUAACCAGGGCUGGUUUUCUUCUGCCGUGCGGGCUUCUCCUAGGUGGUGAAGAGUAUAAACCUGCUAUCCUUGGUGUUUUCUGGGUCGUUGCCCUCUUUUCUGACACUACUUCUAGCCUCUUCCUUUCCAGAGCCUGGAGAGACAUCUGGGACCAGAGAAAACAAAAGUUGCAAGAGGUUGGCAAGUGCUUACUCAGUGACAUGAAUAUUUCACAUUACCAUGCUUUUUCUGCUCAAUUUAUUCAAAAGGCCAUCCGUGUCAAUGUAGAAAAGGCUUCUUCCUGGAUCUGGCCACUCAGGGGCUGGUUUUAUGGUGUUUGGUUUUGUGAGGAAUAAUGUUGAAGAUCAGAGUAAAGCAAAGCAUGGCAUGGAUUGAUCCCCACAUCCUGGUUUCAAUUAGGCCAUUAAACAUUAUCAUAGGACAUCUAGUUCUAGGUGUUGCUACGAAGUUUUAUUUUAAUUUGUCAUCAAGAAAGAAGACACCUGUUAUAACAGGAAGCUCCCUCCUGGCCUCACAAACAGCAAACCAAUUUUAAAGAGGAGAGAUGUUAUCAAAAGCCAUGUCCUGUGGCUCGGUAUGAGGAAUUCCAGGGGCCAUAAUUUCAGGUUUGGAUAAUCUUAGUCCAACCAUGUUCUAGAUCAAAUAGGCAGUAACUAGGGUGCCUGGGUGGCUCAGUGGUUAAGUAUCUGCCUUCGGCUCAGGUCAUGAUCCCAGGGUCCUGGGAUGGAGCCCUGCAUCGGGGGGGUUCCCCCUGCUCCGCAGGAAGCCUGCUUCUCCCUCUCCCACUCCCCCUGCUUGUGUUUCCUCUCUAGCUGUGUCUCUCUCUGUCAAAUAAAUAAAUAAAAUAGGAAGAAACUCUGAACUAUCCCAGAAUCUCACCUGAGAUGCAGACAAUGCUCAAUUAUAUCUAAGGCACAUUAUCCUGUCAUAAAAAAAAAUCACUUCCCUCCUUCCUCAUUUCUUGCUCCCCCUCCUCCAUGGUCCCCACCUGACAUUCUUUCACCCUUUCUGAGCAGGAGAAAUAAUGAGGAACUGAAAUUUAAAGCCAUUCUACUGCUCAUUUACAGCAUCCAUCUAGGGUUUGCUGAGGAAGAAUUACUGACGUCUGGCCAUCCCCUCCCCCCAGCAUCUGGUACAAUAGGGAUUUCAGUUAAUUAGGGUGCUGCAGAUCCCCCCCCACCAUGCAGGACCCCAGGAUCAUUCAGAACUGACCGCAGUAUGGGGGCAGCCCAGUGGGUUUUAACCUGUUGGGCUUACGGGGCCCCAAUGGCUGAGCUCUGGAUUAUUUCUCUAGGCCGGAUACCAUGGAACUCUGGUUCUUUAAGGUAAAAGCUUUUGGAGAAAUUGUGAGUGGUUUUCUUUUCCUUUUUUAUAAGAAAGCCAAGCUUGCAGGGGUGGGGGGGUGGGUAUAUACAUGUAACAUUUUUCUUUCAGUGACAGCCCAGGCUUCACUCAUUCCCUUGGACCCACAGCCCUAAUACAGAGACUGAUUAUUUCUCCUGUGUCCCCUGUGCCACAUGUGCUUAUAACCUAUCUCAGGAAGCCACUUCUUUCUCAUCUUCCCAUCACUGUUUUUUCAGCAAAUUCUGCCAAAAAUGUGCAGUUCCUGUUCAAGCAGGUUUGGGUGACCCUGACCUUCAGUCUAACACUGAAGGAAUCGUCCAUAUUGGCUCUGUUUUGGUGAACAGCUAAUCACACGAAACCAGCUGGAAGAACCCCAGGCACACUAUUCUGAGACAAUAUGUGACCCUUGAACAAAAUCCCAAGUUAUGAGUUUGAGGAAACAAGAAACAACAAAAUAAAACUAAGACAACCCAAAGAAGUACCACUGAAUUGGUUUUCCAGGUCUCGAGUCUUAAGCAAUCUUUGCAGGCCUCAUUCACUUGCUUGCCUUCCUUUUGGUCUCUUCAUUAUUUAUUACCACCUUCAAGUGGUAAGAGAAAACAACAACUCCCCAAACACAAUGGUUUAGAGGAGGUAUGAUCUCAGAAGUAGAUGGAGUCCUCUGUCUCCUCCCAUUGGAUCAGAAUGCAGGGAGCAAAGGACUGAAGGCUUCUGCUCUCGGAGACCUAAGACUGUGCUUGCUAUGACUUAAUUCUUAGUAUUUUAUGUUCUUUAUACAUAGGUUUCUAGGGUGUCUUGGCCAGAGAUGAUGGUAUGUAGAAGAAAGCACCAGCUCCUCACUUUGAGGAGAUAUCAUCUCUGUUUUGAGUGAAGGUAUCCUUUUUGAGUACUGUUAAAAAAGAGGCCUUGACACAGGAAGUAUCAGCUUGGCUUUAUAGACAACCUCAAAAUUACCCCCGAGUCAGAAGCUCCUCUCUACUUAUCUUCUACCCAGACCACAGAUCUUUCGUCAGUCAGCCACCCUUGGUAUCUUCCUUUAGAAAUGAACUUUAGCAUGAAUUCCUCUCCCUGCUUAAACAAGCAGAUACAAUUGGCCACUUGGGUAUAACUUGGUAACAAUGCCAGUAAGGAUCUGUGAUUCCCUAGCCAAGCCACAAAGGAUGGCAUCAGAAAUCUUCCCUAGUUCUUACCAUUGGCAGAGACAAGACUGAGGAGUUAUACACAGAGAGUGCCCAGAGACGGAAUGAACACCUCAGGAAUUCUCACGUCACUGGUGGGACAUGUAAGCUAGACUGCUGUUUGGCACACAUCAUGGUGGGGACAUAAGCCAAGAAAUAAGGGUGUCCUAAAUGAGUUUUUGUUUUUGUUUUUUUUAAAAGUAAACCCUAUGCCCAACAUGGGGCUUGAACUCACAGCCCUGAGAUCAGGAGUUGCAUACUCUACCGACUGAGCCAGCCAGGUGCCCCAAGAUUGGAUAGAAGGUCACUUCUCAUCUGGGAGUUGGUGAACCAAAAUAAUGCAAAUGAGCUCGCUGGGUUGUAAAGACUUUUGGUUGGCUUGAGAAUCAAGAUCACAGACCUGAUCCAGAUUCUGGGAGCUGGGAGAUGACAUAAAGAUUUUAAUGAAAAUAACCUUGCCAAAGUGACCAGAGGAUGUUUUAAAGUGUCCAGGAAGAACUAAGAGUUUGAAGGAAAAGUGGAAUUUCAUAAAACAAAGACACUAACACAUCAAAAAUUAAUGUCUCUAGCCUCUCCGCCUCCAGCCUUCCUGUAUAAUGAUAAUGAGGUAAUACCCUAGUACUUAUCACUAGUGUGGUUGAACAAAAACUUCUCCCCAACUUGUUUGCUUCUGAAUAAUAAACUGCAGUCUCCCCUGCAACUAUGGAAAGUCAUUAUUUUUUAAAUCUCUAGAAACAAAGGCACUGUUUGUCUUCUGAAGUCCUCAGUGUACUGAGCCAUACAUGCUUACCUACCUGCAGAGUUAAGAGAGUCUCCCUGCACAUUCUCUGUUCACCGGCUGUUGCUUCACUUCUGUACAUCUAGCUUUGUGUCUCCUGACACUAACCAGUGGCAGCUCUGUUUAAUCAACAACCAGGCCUCCUGCUCUGGGCUAAUAAUUUCCCAGCAAGCUCAAAAUUCCCUGGUCAUCGAUGGUACCUACAGAGAUAUUUCCCACUGAGCAAUUAGUAAUUUGGGCAUUGAAUAUAGAGUACUGAAGUAGCUUGGAGAUGAGGGUUCUAGUUGCUACUUUAUCUGUGACUUGUGUGUCUUUGGGAAAGUUAUUUUACAAGUUGCUCCAUAUGAAAAGACCGAAACUAUAAAUAGGCCCUAAUUUUUUUUUUAAGAUUUAUUUAUUUUAGAGAGAGAGGGGUGCGAGCGGGGGAGGAAGGAGGGAAACAGUGUCCCCGCUGAGUGAGGAGCCCAACAUAGGACUCGAUCUCAGGACUCUGAGAUCAUGACCUGAGCUGCAAUCAAGAGGAGGACGCUUAACCAACUGAGCCACCCAGGCGCCCCAAUAGGCCUUAAUUUAGGAGAUCUGUUAGGAUAUAAUGAAAUAGUAAAAGUAGGUGAGAUCCCAUUCUCCAAGUCUACUUAGUUCAUCAACCGGAGCUCAAAGACCUCUAUGAUGAGGUGUUAUCUGCUUUCCGAUCAGAAUGUAUUCCCCAAUUCUUAUAAGGCCAAGAAGUUCCAGUUAUUCCACUGCAAAGCUGGGAAGGGCCUACAUGAGCUGGGUCCUGGGUUGCUCAUUUGAGGGCAAACUCUCCCACCCCCUUCUCAAACGUGUACACAUACACAUACUCAAUAACCUUGUUAUAGCUAAUAGGUUUCACACUGGUUCAUUUGUUCUGCUGGCCAAAACCCACCUGUUUUCCUAGUUCUUAUAAAUGAUAGAGAAGAUGUGGCUUUAAGAUCUCACCAUUAUUAGUGAUGGAGCUAAAGACCAGAACUCAAAUCAGUGCUAUUUAUGCCAUACUUUGCCUUCUAGUCCCUGGCUGAGAUGACAGUAUAAAUAAUGCCCAUUUUAGACUUCAUAAUGUAAAGGAUGGUAACAAAAGGGGAAAGAAUUCCUCAGAGCUGCUCUAGUACACACCUCUGUGGGAAAGCCAUGCACAUUAAUCUAUAAAUGGAACCCUUAAAGUUGCUUAUUGCAUAGCCUCAACACCCUCUGCAACUCUGUCUCCCUCUACCAUUAAGAACAAGUAUCUGCAGGGGCGCCUGGGUGGCUCAGUGGUUGAGCGUCUGCCGAAGGUCAUGGUCCCAGGGUCCUGCGAUCGAGCCUU